AUGGACUUGUUGCGCUCCAUGGAGGGCCAACUGAGCCCCGAGGUGGCCGCCAAGCUGGGCAUCGAAAUCACCUCAGAGGACAUUGCGAAGAUCCUUGGGCUCACGAGUUCUCAUGGACAUGUCAUGGACUUGGAAGAUAAGAACAAGAAUGCCUUCCAAGGAGACAUGGUUCCUGAGGAUACCAAGCAGCUCAAGGGCUUUGUGGAGAAUGCCGAGCAGCAGGUGCAGCGGAAGCAGCGGGGGAGCUUUGGUGCUGGAAAGCCCUGGAAGGAUGGCAUCGUCAACUACUGCUUCCACGAGAAGACCAAACGAGCGGUGAAGGAAGCAGUUCACCUGGCCAUCCAACAAUAUAAGAAGGCGGUGCCCUGCUUGCAGUUCAACGACGUGGGCCGCAUGAGUGGCAAUCGCUGCGAGGUGGCGCCCGCCAUCCUCAUCAAGUCAGAGGACGCUGGAUGUUGGUCCUACGUGGGUAUGCUCGACCACCGGGAGGUUCAGGAGCUGAACCUGCAGAGUCCGGGCUGCGAUAGCGUGGGCACGGCCUUGCACGAGAUGGGCCACGCGCUGGGCAUGGCGCAUGAGCAGAGCCGGCCGGAUCGGGACAAGUACGUCAAGAUCCACGAGAGUGAAAUCAAACAAGGCAAGGCGCACAACUUCGACAUCUCCAGGGGGGGUGACACGGAGAGGCCCUACGAUUUGCUCUCGAUCAUGCACUAUGAAGAGGACUCCUUCUCGGUGCGCGGGAGGCCGACGAUCACUGCCAAGGCGAAGGCCUAUGAGCUUUACACGGACAAUCCCAGUGAAUUCAAGUACUAUAAGAUGGGGAAUCGCGUAGGCCUGACCCAGCUGGACGCUGAUCAGCUGUCGGACCUCUAUCGGCCUCAGAAUCCUCAGUGCAUGAGUCACUUGCUGGGCGGCGCGCGAGAGCACGCCGCUUGCUCAGACCUUCAGAAGUCCGGUGCUCCCUGGAAGGACCGGUACGACCAGGGCUGUCAGGACUAUGUCAAGAUGGAAAAGCGGGGCCACAUCGACAGUUGCGGGGACUACUCCGCUGGAACCUACUGCUGCGAUUGUGGAGGUGGACUCCGAUUGCAGGAGUGGGCAUGGGAAUGCGAUUUGUGCCGGAAGGUCUCUUUGAAGGGUUGUCAGUGCAAAGAAGGCCCAUGGACGCUCUUCAACUACACCAGCAGCAGCACUUGUGGCAAUCCAGGACAUUUGAACCAUUUCCCUUCGUGUGUGGUCGACGAGGGCUGCGCGGAUGCGGUGGUCAUGGGCGGCAAGUCGCUGGCGCCGUGUAAGAUGUACACGGGCUUCACCACCAAAGGCUGUAGAUGUAGAAGAUAUGGUCAGGGCUUUACCGAGGGCGGCAUCAAAGUGGAAGGCACCUGCGGAAAUCCCAACGACAAGUUUCGCGACUGGUGCUACGUGGAGGAGAGCGAAAGGAAGUGCCAAGGGGGCCAGUGGGGCUUUUGCGAGAAGUCCCGGUGA